GUGUGUUGUCAAAAUAAAAAGGACCAAAAUAGUCCUACCCUCAAACAUUAAGUACCAUUUUGAUCAUUUUUGUGUAAGUUUGCCACGCCUGGAACCAAAUCAGCUUACAGAGGUUUAUCAAAGUUGCAGUCAAAUUAUCACUUUCAGCUGCAAAAUCUCAGAUUUAACGUUGUUUCAGUUUGCGUUGUCCGAGGUUUGUUUGUUCACUGUCCGAACAAGUUUUCAUUAUGAAGCGUUUCUUGAAAAAAUCCAUUGUUGGAGGGGUUAGGGGAUUUUCUAUGCAAAAUGCAAGAAAUACCAAUACCCAAAGCCUGAAAAUUGAAGGGAUUAAAGAUAUUAUAGCAAUUGCUUCUGGGAAAGGUGGUGUUGGCAAGUCCACUACAGCUGUUAAUUUGGCUGUUUCACUUGCCAAAAGGUGUCAACUUAAAGUUGGGUUGCUGGAUGCGGAUAUUUAUGGGCCUUCAAUUCCUUUGAUGAUGCGCCUCCAGGGAAAGCCAGAACUGAGCAACGGUGAUGCUUUAACUACCUUCAAUAGGAAGAUGAUUCCAAUUGAAAGUUAUGGAGUUAAAUGUAUAUCGAUUGGAUCUCUUGUAGACCAAAAGGAAGCAAUUGUGUGGAGAGGACCUAUGGUAAUGAAAGCCCUUGAACAGCUGACAAGGGGAGUUGAUUGGGGGAUCCUAGAUGUUCUUGUGAUAGAUAUGCCUCCCGGUACCGGUGAUACUCAGAUAUCUAUUUCCCAAAGGCUACAAUUAUCAGGAGGGUUGAUUGUCUCGACCCCUCAAGAUGUUGCUUUACUGGAUGCUCGCAGAGGGGUUAAAAUGUUCUCCAAAGUUAAUGUUCCGAUAUUGGGAAUUUUGGAGAAUAUGAGCUACUUCAAAUGCCCAAAAUGCAAUGAAUCAUCCUAUAUCUUUGGUCAAGGAGGAGCUCGUAAAACAGCUGAGGAGAUGGGGAUGAAAUUUCUUGGUGAGUAGAUACCACUUGAGGUGGAGAUCAGAAGCGGUUCUGAUGAAGGUGUUCCCAUUGUAAUGUCAAAGCCUGAUUCUGCGAUAUCUCAAGUAUAUGGCGAUGUGGCUGAAAAAGUUGUCACGAGGCUUGAAGAGGCCAAUAAGGAGCAACAUUUCAGGCCAGAUAUCUCUCUUUAAAUGCGAUGAUCAAGCUCUCUGCCAACUUGGUUGUAAUAAUGGCAACCAUUAGAAUCUGCCCCUUUCUAACAAAAUCAGAGGAAGAUCUAGUUGGCUCUGGAUAUAGAACACGAGUAAAAGCACGUUUAAGCUGAGAAGGGUCGAAGAAGGAAGUCCAUUAUCAGGAGAAGUGAUGACCUCGUCGUGCUUGCUCGCAGGGAGCAAUCUUGUGGACUAUCUUUCUGAGUUAUCACUCAACAAUUAACACCCACUGAAAGUUGCAGUAAUGUCUAUCUAUCCCUCCUUUUGCACAUUGAACCCAUCUUGUCAACAUGAAAAGAUGAUAUUUAUAGACGAUGGACAUAGCUGUGGAUCGAGACGGUUUAGCCAUUGUCAUCUUUCUAGGGGGAAUAAAAAGGAGAAAUCAAAGAUUUUUAAUGUAUUGGAUUUUGGAUCUUGUACUUGUAUUUGUUAGUUGGAUUGGCUGGUUCAA